AAUAAAAGAAUUCCAUGUGCGUUAUGUAAAAGAUUCAGUUUUCACACUUGCUGUUCAAGAUGUAAAUGGUUGGACAGUGAAUACAAGUGCGAAUAUGUUUGUGGUCUCACUUUUCUGGUUCAAUAUUCAUCAAAUGAGAAGGUUUCUUCAUAGAAAAAAUGUAGCUUCAUAA